CGGUGGCGUUAGCGGCUAGUUUCACAGCAGCUGAACCUCUUGAACCAAUGCCUUAGAAAAGAGUGAAUAAUCUGCCUCCCUUGGAUUAUAUGAAUGUUGUCCAUUGGUAUAUGUGGACGCUAUUCUUUUACUGUCACGGAUAAUCACCGAUGUUAGCGUUGGAUAGAGCUUUAAAUUCGCGGUGGCCACAUUUUCCGUGUUUGGCCGUGCUAGUUAGCCUGUUAGCAUAGUUAGCUGAUAAUGGCAGCUCAGUGGGGGAGCGAUUCCAAAAAACAAGCCUAGAGGCGGUGGAGGGGAGGGCGCGGCUGGAGCAGGACUGACCCACUCAAGAUGGCGUCGCGUCAGAGGAACUCUGUGCGGAUCCUGUCAAACAGAGAGCGAGGCUCCCAGACGCGAGGCUCCCAGAGGCUGCUGCAGCUGCUCGUGGAGGAGAAGGUCCGAUGGAUGAAAUGGCAGAGUCAGAAAGUGGAGCUGCCGGACAGCCCUCGCUCCACCUUCCUGCUGGCCUUCAGCCCCGACAGGACCCUCAUGGCCUCAACUCAUGUGAACCACAACAUUUACAUCACUGAGGUGAAGACAGGGAAGUGUCUGCAUUCUCUGGUGGGACAUCGCAGGACGCCCUGGUGCGUGACUUUUCACCCAACCAUCCCCGGGCUUGUGGCCUCGGGCUGCCUGGACGGGGAGGUGCGCAUCUGGGACCUGCAUGGCGGCAGUGAGAGCUGGUUCACGGAGAGUAACGUCGCCAUCGCGUCUUUAGCCUUUCACCCCACGGCGCAGCUGCUGCUCAUUGCCACCAACAACGAGCUGCAUUUCUGGGACUGGAGCCGGCCCGAGCCCUUUGCCGCAGUGAAGACAGGCAGUGAGACGGAGCGCGUGCGGUUGGUACGGUUCGAUCCUCUGGGACACAACCUGCUCACAGCGAUCGUGAAUCCAUCCAAUCAGCCGAGCGAGGAUGACUCGGAGGUUCCCAUGGACAGUGUGGAGAUGCCUCACUUUCGUCAGCGUUCUUUUCUGCCAUCGCAGCCUGUGCGUCGCACACCCAUCCUCCAUAACUUCCUGCAUAUCCUGUCGUCACGGUCUCCGGCUCAGGGCUCGGAGCAGCAGCGCCCCCUGGGGGAGGGGCCCUCUGGUGACUCUGCUCUGCCCCAGUUCUCCUCAGAGCGUGGGCCGUUUCCUGGCUGCACACAGCACCUGGGCCUGGUGUGUCUGUGCAGCCGCUGUGCUACAGGUCGCCCCUCUUUGGCCCCAGAGCCCUCGGGGACCCACCCUGAGCCCCCCUCCUCUUUCUCCUCUGCCCGCACCGAGCCGCGCCCUCUGCCCGAGCGGCCCUCUGCCUUUACCAGUGUUUACUACAGCGGCGCAGGUCUGUCCAGCCUGCCUCCCACGCUGCCCCCAACCCCAGGACUGGAGCCCUCCAGAGGCCCUCCAGAGUGGCCUCGUGGACCCCUGCUCCCCCCCCGCACCUCCACCUCCUCCUCCGUCAGCCUGCUCUCCGCCCUGCGACAGGACGGACGCUCAUACUACACCUCUGCCAAUGAGGGCCGUGAGAGGGACACAGGCACCAGCAGCGGGCACCACCCAUUCUGGGAGGGCGCACGGAGCUCCGCCUCCUUCAGGAAUGUGCUUCAGUGUAACUUGAGCCGCUAUUUCAUGGAGUUCGACCGCAUGUCUGAGCUGGACCCUCCGAACCAGGAGCUGCUGAACAAUAACCUGGAACCGGAGCGUCCUGGGCCCUCUGCCCCAACCAUCAUCCACUACCAACCCCCUGCGCCUCCUCCACCCCCCCCCUCUGAGGGCACCUCUGCUCCUGGGGCCAGGGGGCAUCUGAACCGCUGUAGAGCCUGCCACAACCUGCUUACCUUCAACCACGACUCGCAGCGCUGGGAGAGGACCGCACCCACUGCCUCCACCUCGGCCACGCCCCUCGACGCUCCCUCGUCGUCAUGGAGACCAGAGGAGGGUUCAGAGCGGCGCCCGGAGCCAGAGCAACCCCCUGCCCCCCCUCCCCAGGAGCAGACUGUGGGCCUUGUCUAUAACCAGGACACUGCACAGUGGGAGAGGGUCUAUCGCCAAACCUCCAGAGAGCAAGAGGCCUUAAGCCAAGAGGUGCCUGUGGACCCGCCCGAUGAGGACUCGCUCAGACGGCGGCUGCUCGAGUCCUCGCUCUUGUCUUUGUCCCGAUACGACAUGACGGGCUCCAGGGACCACCCCAUCUACCCCGACCCUGCCAGACUGUCCCCGGCCGCAUACUACGCUCAAAGGAUGAUCCAGUAUUUGUCUCGGCGCGACAGCAUUCGGCAGCGCUCACUCCGGUACCAGCAGAACCGGCUCCGGGCCAUGUCCUCCUCAGCAGACAAUCCCCAGAAUAACUCCUCCGGAUCUAUGGACAACAGUGAUGUGGACUUUGAAGAGCUUGAUGACAAUGGAGACCGAGCGAGACACAGGACGCCUCGAAACGCCCGAAUGUCUGCACCUUCGCUCGGACGAUUUGUCCCACGGCGUUUCCUCCUCCCCGAGUACUUACCCUACGCUGGAAUCUUCCACGAGAGAGGGCAGCCUGGUCUGGCCACUCAUUCCUCCGUCAACAGGGUCCUGGCUGGAGCUUCUAUUGGAGACGGGCAGUCGGCUGUGGCCAGUAACAUCGCCAACACCACCUACAGGCUGCAGUGGUGGGACUUCACCAAGUUUGACCUCCCAGAAAUCAGCAACGCCUCCGUAAACGUUUUGGUGCCAAACUGUAAGAUCUAUAACGAUGCGAGCUGUGACAUCUCGGCAGACGGUCAGCUCCUCGCUGUGUUUAUUCCGAGCAGCCAGCGCGGUUUUCCGGAUGAGGGAAUCCUGGCCAUCUACUCUCUCGCACCACACAACCUCGGAGAGAUGCUCUACACCAAGAGAUUCGGCCCUAAUGCGAUCUCCGUCAGCCUGUCUCCUAUGGGCUGUUACGUGAUGGUGGGUCUGGCCUCCCGCAGGAUCCUGCUGCCUCCCACCACCGACCACAUGGUGGCGCAAGUGUUCCGCCUGCAGCAGCCGCACGGAGGAGAGACUUCCAUCAGGAUGGUGUUUAAUGUGGUUUACCCCAUGGCUCCAGACCAGAGGCGUCACGUCAGUAUAAACUCUGCUCGAUGGCUGCCUGACCCUGGGAUGGGCCUGGCCUAUGGGACCAACAAAGGAGACCUGGUCAUCUGUCGCCCUGUGUUUUAUCGCAGUGACGGAGAGAGUCCAGCUGAGUCCAGUUCUGAGCCUCUGUUCAGUGUCAACAACAGUGGGACCAGUCGCACCAGAGGCACCGAUCGCCCCGGACCGACCCGCUCUGGUUGGAGGUUGGACCGGGACAUGGGUCUAAUGAAUGCGAUCGGUCUACAACCUCGAAACCCCGCCCCCUCAGUGACAUCACAGGGCACUCAGACGCCAAUCAUCCAGCUCCAAAACGCAGAGACUCAAACUGAGAGAGAACCGGAGCCCAGCACCUCACACGCCGCGCUCAAUGUGUCUACAGAUGCUCCCUCGACCAGUGCUGCUGCUCAGUCUUUUUCACUGGACUCUGGUUCGGAGGCAUCUGUGGAUGGGAACAACACCGCUGCUACCUCCAGCUCAGGAGAGUCUUCAGAGCUGGUGUCGGGGGAGGACGCUCUAGCGCGUAUCCGGCGUCUGAUUGCGGAGGGCGGGAUGACGGCUGUGGUCCAGCGCGAGCAGAGCACCACUAUGGCCUCGAUGGGCGGCUUCGGCAACAACAUCAUUGUGAGCCACCGAAUCCACCGCGGCUCCCAGACAGCAACAGGACACGCCCCCUCAACGACAGGCCAUACCCCCUCAACAUCAAGCCACACCUCCUCGACAAUGGGCCAUGCUUCCUCAACACCAGACCACGCCCCUUCUACUUCUAGCUAUGCCUCUUCUACUCUUGGCCACGGCCCUUCCACUUCCAGUCACACCCUUUCAACACCUGGCCACAACUCAACACCUGGCCAUACCCCUUCAACUUCUUGCCAUGCCUCUUCAACUACUGGCCACACCUGUUCAACUUCUAGCCACACCCCUUCCUCUUCUAGCCACUCCCCCUCCAUGUCAAGCCACACACCCUCUACACCAACACAUAGCCCCGCCCAUUUAAACACGCGCCACACACCUUCAACUUCUGGCAGCCCUGCCCCCUCUUGCUCAAACUCCGCCCCUUCCUCUUCUAUGGCGAUUUCCUCUGUUUAUACUUCUUCAUCAUCAUCGUCAUCUUUGCCCCGCCCCUUUUCCCAGUCUGACCAAUCACAGUCAGCAUGGGGGCCUCAGUCCUUGUUGUCAUUGGAAGAUGUAUUCGAGGGACCCACCUCUUCUGCUUCUUCCUUGUCAAACUCCUCCCCUUCCUCCCAAAGCCCCGCCCCCAGCCCUGGUCCAAACUCAUAUCAUGGCGACCCGUACAGUAGGUAGACCCAGAGAAAAUGCCGAAAGAGACGCUCGAAAUGGCGAUUACGUUACAAAAGAAUAAGCCUUAUAAUCCGGGGUUCCUACACAGAUACACGGUUGGACACUUGAUUUUAGCAGGUUCCAGGUAAAAAAAAAAAAGACUAAAAGUUUGGGGUCAUUGUAUUUAUAUAUUUUUUGUAAAUCAUAUGGUCAGCAUUUUUGGUUACUUAAUUCUGAUUUUCUAGAUCAAUUUUUGGCUUUAGACAUCUGCUUUUCAAAAUGACAGAUCUUAAAGGUGUACAGUGUAACUUUUCAUUAAAGAGCGGAUAUGCCACCUGCCUGUUUCCAUAGAUAUUUUAUUCCUUUG